AUACGAGACACGCCUCUUCUUUCUCCCCACACGUGAGCAGUGCCAAUGCAUCUCGAGAAGAAUAUAGAUGGUCUGAAGUGUAACAGCCCUGCGCAGCGUCCAGAACAUCAUGGAACCGACUUCACUCGAUAAAGCAUCAUAUCGAUCGCUUCCUCACAAGGUAUUGGGCAUGCCAUCACGCAACGUUUGCCUCGACUGAGAAGAUGGCGACGUCAGGGACAAUUGGCAAUUCUCAUGCUCGCGCGCAUCGCUGAGCCUCUGGCCGCAUCCUCAAUACAAGUUGGACAUCUCUCCCCCCCACUAACCAAGGCAGAACUCAUACUCACCACUUUGAAAGUCUUACAUGUUUUUCCAGCUCCGACACUUCGACCCGUCUGCAGGUCCUGCGACCAUCUCCGCCCAAGCAGGUCUGAUCCUCAGCUCGAAAACCGCCGCUCAUGUAAGUACCGGACUGUUCUGGGGGAGGUUUGCCGACUCGGAAUAUGGAAGCAGGAAGCUGGUCCUCGUUGUCGGACUGGUGUCGUCGGGAGUAGCAAUGCUGGGCUAUGGCUUUUCGGAAUCGAUAGAAGCCGCUGUGGCGUGGCAGGUACUGGAUGGCAUCUUGAACAGCUCGAUAUCAAUGAUCCGAUGCUUGACUGCCGAGCUCUAUCCGGAGAAAAGGUAUCGCGUCCGCGCCCUGACUCUCCUUCCCCUAUGUGCCUCCGCCGGUAUGUUUGCCGGACCGCUCCUGGGAGGCUUUCUGUCGUCUCCAGGCGGAGACGACGGGAAGGGCCGGGCGAUACGAUAUCCUUACGCUGCGCCAAAUAUUGCCGUCGCGGCUUACAGUUUCAUCCUGGCGGCGUUAGUGUCACUCGGGUUGGAGCACAGUCGUGAGAAUAUGCAGAACGGCGGACGAUCCAUCUUUCGUCGCUUCUGGAAUGCAAGGCAGAUGCAGCCCCCAGACCACUUGAACCAAGGCGACAAUGCAAAUGCGACGUGUACCGAAAGUGCACCCUUGCUGCAUGAUAGGCUGGCUCCUCACCAGCAGUCAGAUCCUAUUCCCUCCAGUACUCCGGAUGACAUUUCCCCCGAAACCAUUCAACCACGUCGACGGCGCCCCCGGUUCCGCCAGAUAUGGACCCCGAACGUUUUGAGCACGAUGCUCGCUCACUUCAUAAUAUCGGGGCACCUGGGCACGUUCUCGAGCCUCUGGGCCAUCUUUCUCAGCACGCCGCCCGGCGCGGAGGAGAACCGUUCGCCGUGGUCCUUCUCCGGCGGUCUCGGCAUGGACGCCCGCGGAGUGGGGGUCAUUGUGACCUUGCUGGGAGCAAUGAGUGUGCUGUCGCAGAUCAUCGUCUAUCCAUGCCUGCACGACCGAUUCGGCACGGUCGGCGUGUGGCGAGCCGCCCUCUAUUUCUUCCCGGCGACAUAUCUCCUCGCGCCGUUCAGCGCGUUGUUGGCGUCGGACUCGGCAACCGCGGCCGACCGGGCCCUGCUGUACAUCGCCGUUCUGGGCGUGUUGCUGCUCUUCAACGCCGGGCGCACCGGGGUUGCCCCGGCCACGUCGUUGCUGAUCAACGACUGCACGCCUCACCCCAGCGUGCGGGCGACGAUCCAUACCAUGGGGACGAUUGUCGGGAAUUUGGGCCGGUCGGUGUUCCCCGCGAUCAUCCUCCCGGUCUACGGUCUUGGUCUUGCGGUCGGAGUGGCCGGUCUCGGGUUCUGGGCUCUGGCUGCUCUGGCUGUGGUCGCGUGUCUCGUCAGCGGGCGCGUCGUGGAGGGUGCUAACGGAAAAGAUGUUUCGCUCCAAGAAUGAAAAAAGUAAGGACGAGCCAAGGGAGGUUUCUUAGUACUGAUGUAUUCAAUGCACUGCCCAGCGCGACGAAGGGCGGCAGCAUGUGAACAGGUCUGGAGAAACUAACCCACUCACGGCCGUCGUCGUUGAGAGUUGCACCCACCCCCGAACACCCCAAAAAGGUGUUUGACAGUUCCCGGACAAAUUUGCUAUCGAGAGCGGGUCUAAGUACUGUGUCUAUAGCCAGUACUGCUGAUGCCAGUCAAAUAUAUCAUAC